AUGGAAGGUUCAACAGCCAAUGCACAGGAGCCUGGGGAGAGGAAGAAAGCUACUGGUUCGUCAUCAGAUUUGCAGGCACUGUUCUUCAGAAGUUCAGUCGUUGGUUCACUGUUCGUCACCAUCGACAUCAAGCUUAUUCGUCGGAAUCUUCGACGCCAGUCAUCGUUGCUGCUACUUUGCUGCCGUUGUGUCGUCCCAAGUGGAGUGAACAGAAAUAUCAUCUAG